AUGAUCUGUCGGACUCUGCAACGCCUGUGCAAUGCGGCCCUGACGGAUUCCGUGGCGACCCACAGCGCCGGCAGCCGGGGACUGCACAGGUCAAAAGCCGCAGUGCAGGAGCAACUAAAGCACCGCCUGCGCCAACGCCGUCAGCAGCGUGGUCGCAACAUCGCUGCCAAAGAGGCCGAAGUGCAGCGCUCCAUUGAGGGUGUGACGAGCAGUCGUGACCUGCUGGUGAGUCAGCUGGCAGAUCAGAUUUUUUCACGCGGGCACCGCCACGUGGCGAGUGCCACGCAUGUCGGAUUUGUGCCCGAUGGCAACCCUGCUACGCCCCUUGUUGCUAUCGCGGGCCGUGAGAGAUGCGGAAAGACGUCGCUGUUGCGUUCUCUUUUUCGGUCCGCCAGCGAGGUGGGGCGCUCCAACCGGCAGCUGCGUCGUGACGCGAUGAACUUCUUCAACGUGGGUGAUGUUUUUAACGUUGUGGACCUGCCCGGCUGCGGAGGGACGUCGGUGCCGUGGUCAGCCGUGCUGCAGCACGCGGUCCUACUCCGCAAUUUCGCGCGAUGCCAGCCAAGUUUGAAGAUGCUGUACUACUGCAUGGAUGUGCACUACAAGCACGGUGUGUACAUCCAGGACAUAGACCUGCUGCGCUUUCUCGCGCGCGAAGUGCCGAACUUCACCAUCGUCAUCACCAAGGCGGACCAAAUCAACGACCGGGCGAUCCGGACGGUGCACAUGGCGGACAUCCACAAGGAACUGCUGUACAACGACAUUCACCACCCGGUGCUCGUCACCAGCGCGUUUCACAUGGGCGGGGUAGACACGCUUCGCUACGACAUGGCCAUGAACUGCUUGCACGCGUUACCGACGGAUCGUCUGACGUUGACCGAGGCGCGGCGGCUCUCUGCACGGCUGUUUUCGCAGAAGGAGCUGAGUACAAUUCGGCCGCUGGCCAUCGCGCCAUCGUUUGUGGAGGAUGAGCGUCAGGCCUGGUUGGAGGAUAUCCGCCUCACAGAGCAGCAAGACGAAGGAGAAGCAUUCGUGCCCAUGUACAACGGGGAAGCGCAGGCGGAGGACAUCAACGAUGACGGAAACGAUGGUGUGGAUCGCGACGACCACACGGGCCCGCAUUAUCGUCCAGAAGAGGCUGCCGAUUUGGAAUACAGUGAGGCGGAGUCCGCGAUGUUCGCACACUCCACAGCCGGAGCCACGCGUGGGCGUGAAGAGGGUAACGAUCCAACAGCCGCCGCACAGGAAACCACCUCCCUUUCAUCUCACGAACUGCGAGCUGAUACGGAUCUGCCAGACAUGAUCAAGUCGCUCGUGACGUCGUCGUCGACUGCAAUUCCGGUAGUCUUUGAUGAUCCGGUGACGCAAGUCGCCUACGAGCGGGUGGUCAAGACGCUACGCAACAAGGCCCUUCUCCGCUACAUCGACGUCACCAGUCCGUGGCGCAACCCGCUGCGGUGGCCGAGAAACGUUGUGCCAACGAAACACCCCAAGUCGAACAUCAUGCGCUGUCCUGAAGCCCCUGAAAACCCGUACCUCUUCCAGUCGCAGUUUGUUGCCCCGCGCGCGGACAUGUAUUUCCGCCGCCCCAACAUCGGCGCACGGAAGUCGUCGCAGAAGGGUAAGUACGAGGCGGACAGGCCACUGGCGUUUCUCGUCAAGAACUACACCAUUCCGUACUUUCCCGAUAUUGUGGAUACGGCGAUGCAGCCGACACCGUGGGCCUUCCUGGGGAGUCGGGAGGCGUACUACGAGCGCAACAGCGGUCGUCAACUGGGGGUGCGGCUGUUGAGCUACGCUACGGACGGCACGAUGAACCCACUCUCUGAUACGCCGGCACCGGCGCAGCCGGCCUUGACGAAGGAGGUGCAGCGGCUGGAAACGACGCGCUACGGCGCCGCCAUUGCCAUGCUGACGCCACCGGAGCUGCAAACCGAGACCCCGCCUUCACACCCGCCUUCUGCUGCCCCAAUUGGAUGA